AUGGCCAACUCCAAACGCAAGUUGAUCGCGAAAGCUACUUCUCUGGAGAAUGCUACAGCGACAAAGGACAGUCGAACGGAAAAGUCUGUCACCGAGAAAGUUUCUCUCGUAGCAAGGGAUUGCUCAAUGCUUGGGCAAUUCUUUCGCGAUUGUAUGGGCCAUGAGUUGAGCAACUUCAUCAGCUUGUCCCGUUUUACCUUGUGGCUGCAGAGACCCGUGGAUGGAGCCGCUCUGGGCAUCUUUCGGAUGCUCUACGGCGCUGCUAUGCUUAUCGAUAUAGCGGAGGAGCGAGGCGGUGGCCAGCUGGAUGUACGGUUUGGCGAACCACAUCACUGUCACUUUCCACUCUUUAACGAGAUUGGUGCUCUGCCAUAUCCGUUGAUGGGCUGCGUCUACCUGUGCAUGUGGCUGGGGGCCUGGGGCAUCACGCUGGGCUUUCGAUUCCGGGCGAGCUGUGUGGCCUUCCUGGUGCCAUACUGGUACAUAUUCCUGCUGGACAAGCCAACGUGGAACAACCAUAGUUACCUGUUCGGGCUAGCGGGCACGCUGCUGCUCUUCACCCAGGCAGAGUCUUACUGCUCCCUGGAGAGCUGGCUUCAUCCGCGAAGGAGGAGUCAAUACAUUCCCUACUGGAACUACUUCCUCAUCAAGUUCCAGUUCUUCGUGCUGUACUUGUACGCGGGGCUGAAGAAGUUCUCCGUCGAGUGGCUCUCGGGAUACGCCAUGUCCAACCUCAGCCACCAUUGGCUCUUCACACCGUUCCGCCAGAUGCUAGACUCGGAGACGAUCGACCUGCUGAUCGUUCACUGGUUCACCGCCGUUUUCGAUCUGUCCAUCGCCUUCUUUAUGACUAUGGAGAGGACGCGCCUGCUGGUCACCCCCUUUAUGCUCAGUUUCCAUCUGAUGAACUCCCGGCUAUUUGUGAUUGGUAUGUUUCCAUGGGUGUGCUUGGCCGAGGUGCCGCUCUUCUUCAGCCCCGACUGGCCACGGAGGAUAUGGGGUGGUGAAUCAAAGCCACUUCUGCCCACCCAGCCCUCAACAGAGGCGAUCAAGCAGCCAGGAAUUCUGGCCAGGCUGCGCACCUGCCUCAUCCUCGGAUACUGCGCACUGCAGCUCUUUCUGCCCUACUCCCACUUCAUUACCAAGGGCUACAAUAAUUGGACGAAUGGCCUAUACGGCUACUCCUGGGAUAUGAUGGUCCACUCGUACGACACCCUGCAGACCUCCAUUCAGGUGGUGGACAAUGAGAGCCGACAGGUGCAUAACCUGAACCCCUACGCCUUUACGGAGUACGAUCGCUGGACCAAGUACGCCGACAUGGCGGUGCAGUAUGCCAAAUGCAUCGAGGAGAAUCUCCGUGUGGGUCAGCCGGCAGCUAUUAGCAACAACAUCUCCGUCUACUUUGACAUCUGGUGUUCCAUGAACGGCCGCUUUCAACAGCGUUCCUUUGAUCCGCGUGUGGAUCUCCUCAAGGCCAAGUGGUCGCCCUUUGAAAGCACCUCCUGGUCGCUACCCCUGCUCACUGAACUGAAUCACAUGAGGCCCAAGCUUCGGACGAUCGAGACUGAGGUGCUGGCAUGGAACAACUAUUCCGACGUCAUCUUCGUGGCUGACUUCCCUGGUCUAACACUCACUAACUUCAUCUCGCCGGAUCUCAUAAAUUGCACGCUGACCAUUCUAGAGGGCAACGUGCGAUAUCGGAACGAGAUGGAUCCGGAAGCCUAUUUCCUUACAGCCGGCAAGAGUAUCGGUCUGGAGAGCAACAUUACCCACCUAGUGACCACCAUUGGCCAGCGGCCAGCGUCCUAUCUGUUCACGUACACUAACAAAACCAUGAUGGAGCAGGGCAUCACGAUAGACGACCCGGGUUCGUUGGCAAAAGAUCGAUCCGUCCUGCCGUUGUGGCAGGAGUUCCAGCAGCGGGUGAUCAACUACCACCAGUUCCUAGGCCACAUUGCCAACUGCCUUUUGUACUUGCUCUACGAUGUCCCCAUUCCAUUGGCCGUGAGGGAGAGAGAUUGAGAAUAUGAUAAGAUGGAGGCCACAAUCUCCAACAUAGCCGUAGAAUGUUUUGAGUGAUAGAACUGAUAAUAAAUGUUCCAUGUUGUACCGCAGCAUCCCUUUUAAA